AUGACGCUCACGAACCCUUCGUCGGGGGCGUCGGGCGGGCCUAGCUCUGCGACGGCGCCAAGGAGCCAGCAGGCGCAGCCGUUGAAGCGCAGCGUCCAGGCCACUUUUGAUGCAGUCCAUGAAGGGCAUGUGCCGCAAGGGGCUCACUAG